AUGGAUAUUCGCCGGCCAUCAUGCGCCCUCGCUCUUAUCCUCGUUUUCUGCUUAACAGAACAUGCACAAUGCAUGAACACAAAGAUAAACUUCAGGGAGAAGGAGAAACAGAUCCUAGAUCAGAUCCUAGGCCCGGGCCGGUACGACGCCCGUAUCAGACCAUCCGGUAUCAACGGCACUGGCGAUGCGCCAACGAUAGUGCGUGUCAACAUGUUUCUUCGAUCCAUCAGCAAAAUAGAUGAUUACAAAAUGGAAUACUCUGUACAAUUGACGUUCAGGGAACAAUGGUUAGACGAAAGGCUCAAAUUUAAUAAUUUGGGAGGCCGUCUCAAGUACCUAACAUUGACGGAAGCGAACAGGGUAUGGAUGCCGGAUCUAUUCUUCUCCAACGAGAAAGAGGGCCACUUCCACAACAUCAUCAUGCCGAACGUGUACAUACGUAUAUUUCCCAACGGAAACGUGUUAUACAGCAUCCGAAUCUCCCUCACACUCUCCUGCCCCAUGAACCUCAAGCUGUACCCGUUGGACAAGCAAACGUGCUCUUUGAGAAUGGCCAGUUACGGCUGGACGACAGACGAUUUGGUGUUCCUGUGGAAGGAGGGCGAUCCAGUACAGGUUGUGAAAAAUCUUCAUCUACCACGUUUCACUCUUGAAAAGUUCCUGACUGAUUAUUGUAACAGCAAAACAAAUACUGGUGAAUACAGUUGCCUGAAGGUGGACCUGUUGUUCAAGCGAGAGUUCAGUUACUAUCUUAUCCAAAUCUACAUCCCGUGCUGCAUGUUGGUCAUCGUAUCCUGGGUGUCCUUCUGGCUCGACCAGGGAGCUGUGCCCGCCAGGGUCUCCUUAGGAGUGACAACGCUCCUCACGAUGGCUACCCAAUCGUCAGGCAUCAACGCUUCUUUACCUCCCGUCUCGUACACAAAAGCCAUUGACGUCUGGACCGGGGUCUGCUUGACUUUUGUUUUUGGGGCGUUACUGGAAUUUGCCCUAGUCAACUACGCGUCCCGUUCCGACAUGCACAGAGAGAACAUGAAGAAAGCGAGACGGGAGAUGGAAGCGGCCGCUAGCAUGGACGCAGCUUCCGAUCUGUUGGACACGGACAGCAACGCCACCUUUGCAAUGAAGCCGUUGAUGCACGACGGCGUGGUCGACUCCAAGAUGCGUCAGUGCGAGAUCCACAUCAGCAAGAAGCGCAAGAACUGCUGCCGCCUCUGGAUGUCCAAAUUUCCUACUCGCUCCAAGAGGAUAGAUGUCAUCUCCAGGAUCACCUUUCCGCUUGUAUUCGCCCUCUUCAACUUGGCCUACUGGUCGACAUACCUGUUCCGCGACGAGGACGAGGAGCAGUGA